AUGAAUGGGAUAAGCGCGACGGCUGACAAGCCCGCGACGGGCGUCGAGGCACCACUGAAAGAUGAACCCAAAGCCAAGAGAACUGGGGUUAAGGAGAAACUCAUGCAGAUUAGGUCGAAUAUAACCGUCGAACCUAUCAUAGCUUGUUACAUCAUGUCAAACGUAUUCUCAGGACUUGCAGUGCAGAAUUUGAAUUUGGAAAAGGCGUGUAGAGUUAAUUUAGGGUAUUCUGACGAAGUGUGUUCCGCGCUCAAUAGGCGACAAACAGAGAACUAUACAUUAGAGGAAUCCGAAGUCCAGAAGUUGACCGCGUCAGUGCAAGCGUGGAAAAAUAUUGUCCAAACUGCGUUCCCUUGUAUUUUAGUGUUGUUUGUCGGUUCGUGGAGCGACAAGACGGGGAAGCGGAAGGCAUGCAUACUGUUGCCUAUCGUAGGGGAAGUGUUGUGUUGCACGAGUUUCAUUCUAAACACAUAUUUCUUCUAUGAAUUACCUCUGGAAAUAACGGCCCUCUCUGAUCUGUUUCCGUCACUAACCGGAGGAUGGAUAACAGUGUGCGUCGGUGUAUUCAGCUACAUUGGUGAUGUAACCACAAAAGAAAUGAGAACAUUCAGAGUAGGAGUGGCCAAUUUGUGCAUGUCCCUCGGUAUACCUAUAGGCAUGUCCCUGAGUGGCAUUCUGCUGCAACAGAUCGGUUACUACGGCAUAUUUUUAAUAUCGAACUGUCUGUAUCUGACGAGUUUGAUAUAUGGAUACAUACGAUUGAAGGAUCCGAUCAUAUCAUCAGACAGACAACGAGAACAGCCCGUGGGAUGCAAAGCAUGGGUGUGUUCAUUCUUCGACGCUCGUCACGUCCGGGAGACAUUGACUGUCGCCUUCAGAACAGGUCCCCGGCGAAGGAGACUCAGGGUAUCCUUGCUCAUCGUCGUAGUUUGCGUUAUUUUUGGACCUUUGCAUGGUGAAAUGAACGUGCUCUACCUGUUUAUGAGGUACAGGUUCAACUGGGACGAGGUGCAGUUUAGUAUGUUCUGUACCUACAGUAUCAUUACCAACUUAGUGGGUACUCUAUUCUCCAUUAGCAUCUUCAGCGACUUCAUGAAACUGGAUGACACCGUAGUGGGUAUCAUCUCCUGCACCAGCAAAAUCCUCGCCUCCUUCAUAUUCGCCUUCGCUACCACUACCACCGAGAUUUAUAUAGCGCCUUUAGUAGAAAUCUUCAACGGGACAUCGUUCAUCGCAAUGCGAUCUAUUGCAUCAAAACUUGUGAACAGUGAAGAAUUAGGUAAAGUGAACUCUCUCUUCGGUCUGGCCGAGGCGAUGAUGCCCCUGGUCUACGGUCCUCUAUACUCUAGGGUAUACAUGGCAACCCUGACGGUGUUGCCAGGCGCUGUAUUCCUGCUUGGAGCCGCUAUGACUGUACCUGCUGUGGCUAUUUUCGGAUGGAUGUAUUUCGAACAAAGGGAAGACAACAAACAAGUCGAGGAGAUGGAGAACGUGAAUAAAGACGUGUAG